AUGUCAGAUUCUGGUGAAGAUAAAACGUUUGUGCAAGAAUCCAAGUCUGGAGAAGGUGAAACGUCUCAAAACCCAAAGAAACGAGCGCUUGAGGGAGACGAAGAUAACCAAAGCUCCAAAUUAGCGAAGAAGACUGAAUUUGAGCGAACAGAGGAAGAAGAUGCAUUGCCUUUGGAAUGUCCCAUUUGCAAAAAUCCAUUCUUGGAUCCUAUUGUCACAAAAUGCAAUCAUUACUUUUGUCACCACUGUGCUCUAAAGCACGAGAAGGAGAACAAUACAUGUUUCGUGUGUAAUCAGCCAACUCUAGGGGUUUUCAACACAGCCGUGGAGAUCAAGACAAAGAUAGCUCGAGUACGUGAGAAAGCCAAAGUAAUGGUGAAGGAGGUUAAAACGAUGGUGGAAAACGCGGCUGUUAUAGUGAAGGAAGCGGAGGCAAUGGCGGCUGAUUCGGCAAAAAUGGUGGCUAAUGUUGAAUUAAUAAUGGGAGUGUUGGACACCUUUGGGAUGCUGAAUUUGGACACUUUGGGGCCAGAUGAUUCGUGGCAGGAAGUUAUAACUUUCGUGACAAGUAUAGAGAACAGUGCGGCGAAUGCGAGGGACAAGGCGGAGAAGGCCGCGGAAAUGGUGAAAGAAGCAAAUGCCACGACGGAGACGGCGAGAGUCGAGAUGGUUAAGGCGUUGGAGGUGAUGAAGAAUGUUAAGUGGAAUGUGUGA